AUGUGCCUACGCCUGCCAGAGCGAGCAGCGUGCCAUGACGAACUGCACGGAGAUGGGUUUAUCAAUCAGACGGCCCUGGUGGGGGAUGUGGCUUACGAGAAGAACCAGACGGCGCCGGUGUGGCUCUUCUGCUACGUCCUUCUGGUGGGCUUCGGGGUGAAGGCGGUGAUGCUGUGCCCCGGAGUCUUCUCCCCAUAUCCCCACUUCCGAAGGUACGACCCGGAGCUCACGGCCAAUCUGCGGUACAUCAUCGUCACGGUGCCCUCCGCCGGAGAGAACAAGUGCACGGUGCUGCGGAACAUCGUGGGGGCGGUCGGGUGCAUGCCGAAGGACUGCCGCUGCCGGUACCACGUGGCCUUUGUGGACGAGGGCCACCGAGCAGAGCAGAAGGUGAUGUUCAUGAAGCUUGCGGCGGUCAUCGAGCGCAUCCCCAACUUCGGGGGCAUCUCCUACGAGGAGAACGUGAGUCGCUUCUUCCAGAUCUGGGUGGAAGACACCAAGAAGAUGGACCUGCAGAAGGUGAAGGACGGGUACAGCGGGGAGGUGGACGCAGAGAUCAUGGCGCGGAUGUCCGGGAAGAACACCUUGCGCAAGCUGCGGAAGGAAGGCGGCUGGGGCUCCAUGGCAGUGGCCUUCGAACCCCUGGAGCAAGCCCUGCAGGUUUUGGAGGAGGACUUGAAGAGCACCAAGAAGGAGAAGAAGGAGACCUGCACCGCGACGACGUCGCGGACUGGGAGCCCAUGGACCGCAACAGCCUGGCGCUGCGGCUGCACUACCUGGCGCGCGCCAAGCCCAUGGAGGACGAGCGCACCAUCAAGGCCCAGCACGUGGCACCUGGCACUUGGUACUACAAGGUCCCGCAGAACGCGGAGAACAAAGACUGGCUCCAGCUGCGGGCGCACGCGCGGGAGAUGGUCUACGGCUUGGAGGACGAUGACGCCUUCAUGA